GUGGAGGACAGGACCACAUGGCAUGAGGCAACAACUGCUCUGUCUCACGCCUCCACAAUCGCAUUGGCUUAGGUAAUUAUAUAAACAUUUUAUUACAGAACAGUCAGAGGAAUCAAACGGGAAUUUGGUAUUAAUUAAUUUAAUCCCCACACAUGCUACCCUUUCCAGCCAAGCUGGGUAUUCUUCCAUUCAUUUCCUCCCUGGCAGUGUCUCUCUCACUCUCUCACUCUCACAGGAACACCCACACACAGACCAUUCGUUGACUAGAUUAUACAUUCUUGAAACCCUAGAAACAAAAUAAAGUCCAUCCUUUCCCAGAGUUCCAAGUUCAUUGUUUUCACCAAAGUUUCAGAGGCAUUAGAGUGAAGAUACAAGUUAUUAUAACUAUUAUCAUUUAUUUGGGUUCUUUUAUUAUCAUUAUUAUUAUUUUUAUCUCGUUGGCUCCUUACAAUGCAGCUCAAUUUUGUCAUGUUUUCCAACAUCGGAAACAGUGCGCUUUACGGAGGCGAAUUAGCUUGUGGGCAGAGGCAGAAAUGAAAGGGCAGUAGAAUUGGAUCAAGCAAGUAUAAUGCUGGGGUCAUAUUGGGAUAAUGAGAAUAGUAGAUAAAAUUUUCCACUGCCCUGUAUUCCUUCGUUUCUUCUGUAUGCUUCAGUUUCUGACAUUUGUCUCGCCAAUUACUGAAAAGGAGAUUUUGCUUCAAUUCAAGGGCAAUGUUUCCGAUGACCCUUAUGGUAGUUUGAGGGAUUGGGAUCCAAGUAAAAACCCCUGCCAAGAUUUUAAUGGGGUGUCUUGUAAUACAAAUGGGAAUGUCGACAAGAUUUUGCUCUGGAACACUAGUCUUGGUGGGGUGUUAUCUCCAGCACUGUCUGGAUUGAAAUCUCUGAGGAUUAUAACCCUGUUUGGGAAUAGGUUCACCGGCAACAUCCCUUCUGAGUAUGGCCAGAUUUAUACAUUGUGGAAGAUCAACUUGAGCUCCAAUGCACUUUCUGGAUCAAUCCCAGAAUUUCUUGGGGAUUUGCCCAACAUAAGGUUUCUAGAUUUGUCAAGAAAUGAGUUCACCGGAGAGAUCCCUUCGGCAUUGUUCAAAAAUUGUGGCAGGACAAGGUUUGUUUCCUUGGCACAUAACAACCUUUCAGGACCAAUCCCUCCCUCUGUUGGUAAUUGUCUGAAUCUUGAAGGGAUUGAUUUCUCUUUCAAUGCUCUCAGUGGAGAGUUGCCUGCAGAACUGUGUGACAUUCCAGGGAUGGCAUACUUGUCAGUGAGGAGUAAUCUGCUUACUGGAAAUGUUCAAGGGCAGAUUUUGAAAUGCACUGGAUUGGAGUUCUUGGAUCUUGGCAGCAAUAGCUUCACCGGGGCUGCGCCAUUGGAGGUUUCUGGAGAAGCCAAUCUUGCAUACUUGAACGUCUCCUGGAAUGGGUUUCAAGGUGAGCUUCCAGACAUGGCAAACUGCAUCGAAACAUUGGAAUUUCUUGAUGUUUCAGGGAAUGGUUUCUAUGGAGGGAUUCCCUCAAGCAUCACCAAGUGCAGUGGGCUAAAGUAUUUAGAUUUGGGUUUUAACAGGCUUAAUGGAAGCAUACCUGCUGACAUUGGUGAUAUGAAAAAGCUCUUGGUUAUUAGAUUAGCAAAUAACUCCAUAGAAGGGACAAUCCCUCCUCAAUUUGGGGGUAUAGAAUUGCUUCAAGUGUUGGACUUACAGAACCUCAGACUUAGUGGUGUAAUUCCUGACGAACUCAGUAAUUGCCAGUUUCUUCUUGAGCUGGAUGUUUCCGGGAAUUCGUUGGAGGGAGGGAUUCCUCAGAGCCUCGACAACAUGACGUACCUGGAAAUUCUUGACCUGAAUCACAAUCAGCUAAGUGGAAGCAUUCCAGUGGCUGUUGGAAAUUUGUGGAACCUCCGGUACUUAGAUUUUUCAGACAAUUCACUGUCUGGUUCAAUUCCUUCUACACUGGAAAACUUGAAGAAUUUAAGUUACUUCAACGUUUCUUACAACAAUCUUUCUGGUGUAAUCCCUUCUUCCCAAAGCAUUCAGCAGUUUGGCUCCUCUGCUUUUGUUCACAAUCCUGGCCUCUGCGGCGCUCCUUUGGAAAACUCUUGCGGCACUGCAUCACGCCAUGCAAGAAAAUCAAAGCUAAGUGUUUCUGCAAUAAUAGCUAUAGUUGCUGCAACUUCAAUCAUCACUGGUGUUUGCAUCAUAACAAUCAUCAACAUGAAGUUCCGUGGGAGGAGAAUGGAAGAAGAUGAGGCUAUGGUUAUAGAAAGCACCCCUUUAGCUUCUUCGACAGGGUCAGAUGCAAUAAUAGGUAAAUUAGUCCUCUUCAACAAAAGCAUACCCUCAAAACACGAAGAUUGGGAGGCUGGGACGAAAGCCUUGCUCGACACUGAAUGCUUGAUAGGCGGAGGCUCCAUUGGAACACUAUACAAAACCUCCAUUGGAGGCGAUAUUUUGUUAGCAGUGAAGAAACUCGCAACCCUGGGAAGGAUCAGAAGCCAGGAUGAAUUUGAGCAGGAAAUAGGACGGCUGGGGACCCUUCAGCAUCCUAAUCUUGUUGCUGUUCAGGGCUAUUACUGGUCCUCAAGCACUCACUUAAUCCUGUUCGAAUAUAUCCCGAAAGGGAAUCUAUAUGAUAACUUGCAUGGACAGGGUUAUCCCAGCACCAGUGCGAGUUCGGGUAAUCCAGAGCUGCAUUGGCAAAGAAGGUUUCAGAUUGCAGUAGGGGUGGCUAAAGCCCUGGCUUACCUUCACCAUGACUGCAAGCCACCUAUUCUCCAUCUCAACGUCAAAUCCAACAACAUACUCCUGGAUGAAAGCUACACAGCCAGGCUGUCUGAUUAUGGGCUGAGGAAGCUGCUUCCCUUAAGAAAUGGUUACGGGUUCGCAAAUAUUCAAAAUGCAGUUGGGUACAUAGCACCGGAGCUGGCUCAGAGCUCAGGAAUCAGUGAGAAAUGUGACGUGUACAGUUUUGGGAUUAUUCUUUUGGAGUUGGUGACAGGGAGGAUGCCGGUGGAGCGCCUGGCUGCCAAUGAAGUGGUGGUUUUGUGUGACUAUGCUAAGCAGGCGAUGGAGAGAGGGAAUGCUUUGGACGCCAUUGACAGAAGCUUGUCAGGUUCUCCGGAGAAUGAGAUGAUUCAAGUGAUGAGGCUGGGACUGAUUUGUACUGCUGAAACCCCAGCAAGAAGGCCAAGUAUGGCCGAGGUAGUUCAAGUUCUUGAGUCCGUAAUUAAUGGUUCCCAGUCCUGACUUUAAUUUCUUUGAUUAGUUAAUUGGUGUAGAGUGAUUCUUUUCAAUUCAUUCCCAGGCUAUUGCACUUUUGAAACUGUAUCAGAAAUCAUAUGGUUCUUGUUUUUGGUAUGCUUCCUUUUGUCUUAGUUAAUAAUAAAUUACAAUCCCAACACAAUCAUUACAACUUUGGGGAACAUUACAUUAGAAAUGUUCUUAACUAUAUCUAGAAUUAUUACUGGAAUAUUUGUGUGUAACUGCUUGCA